GGAGAGUGGAGCGGUGAGGGAGGUGGGAAUGGGCGGGAAGGAGGGGGCUGUGGCCCCUGGGGUCUGAGGUGGGGCCGGGUACCCCGCCCGGUCGCUGUUUGCUGAGAGUCAGGAAGGCGGAAAAGAAACACGCUCCCGACCGGUAUCAGAGCGCGAGGCCCAAGCCCAUCCCCCGCGCGUCUCCCGGGCUGCGGGGCGCGGGGGGCUGCCGGGUGCGCUUGGCUGCGGCGCUGCUAGUCGGAGACUUUAUUGCGAUGGGGCGAUAAGAGGGGCGGAGGCGGGGUCCGGGGGGCCGAGGCGGCAGCGCUUUAAUUAAAACGGAAAUUGCGGCCCCUGCCCGCGCUGGGGGCCGGAGGGUGCCAAGCAGCACCGCAGCUGGGAGCAUCGCUUCAGGACCCCCUCCAUCCCCCGCCACACCCGGGCUGCCCCCUCCUGCCAGGCCCUACCGGCCCGGCGCCGUCUUCUCCCUGUCACCCGCAGUCGCCUGGGGCGGGGAUCGGUGCCCUGGAGCGCAAAGCCUGACGCGUCCCCCCCCUCAUCCGCACCCCCCCACCUCCCACCGCCCAGUCCCUGGCGGCGAUGAGACAGAGCGGCGCCUCCCAGCCCCUGCUGAUCAACAUGUACCUGCCAGAUCCCGUCGGAGACGGUCUCUUCAAGGAAGGGAAGAGCCCGGGGUGGGGGCCGCUGAGCCCCGCGGUACAGAAAGGCAGCGGGCAGAUCCAGCUGUGGCAGUUCCUGCUGGAGCUGCUGGCGGACCGCGCGAACGCCGGCUGCAUCGCGUGGGAGGGCGGCCACGGCGAGUUCAAGCUCACGGACCCCGACGAGGUGGCGCGGCGCUGGGGCGAGCGCAAGAGCAAGCCCAACAUGAACUACGACAAGCUGAGCCGCGCGCUGCGCUACUACUACGACAAGAACAUCAUGAGCAAGGUGCACGGCAAGCGCUACGCCUACCGCUUCGACUUCCAGGGCCUGGCGCAGGCCUGCCAGCCGCCCCCCGCGCACGCGCACGCCGCCGCCACCGCCGCCGCCACCGCUGCGCUCUACCCCAGCCCGGCCUUGCAGCCCCCGCCCGGGCCCUUCGGCGCCGUGGCCGCCGCCUCGCACUUGGGGGGCCAUUACCACUAG